UAGCUUACGAGGAGUAUCUCGAGAAGAUUAAGGAGCAUGACCUUGUGAAAGAUGCCUAUGUCCAGUGGACGAGCAACCAGAUGGCGAGUUUCACUCGGUUCAUGAUGACUGGAGUGCGAGAGGAACCACUCCCAGAGCCACCUCAUCCGGGGCCGACGCCAGUGUUCCCGUCCAAGGAGGAGUUCUAUAUCAUGUACAAGCGUCAGCGUCAGUUGACCCCGGGAUUGGGAGAAUCCGGGAACGACGCUCCUGAUGGUACGCCGAUGCACCCCGGUCGCUGUUCUCCUGGUGCUUCUGCCGAACCUCGGCAUGGUUCUGCUUCCGGUGGCUCUCGUCGUGGUUCUACCUCCCCGAGCACCGUCGAACAUGCAGGUGAUGUGGAGAAAAAUGGUCUACAACCUUGCUCAAUGAAAAAUUCUGCUGAAAGAGGAAGAAAGAGGAAGAUUGACGACAAUGUUGAAUCAACUGGAGCUGCUUGCUCGAAUGCCACCUCUGUUAUCGUGGCCGGAGCCUGA